AUGUCUUUAAUACAUGUCCAUCCUCCUAAAACGUAUUUCGGUGCGGGAGACAUUCAAAAGUCAUUGGGUUCUCACCCUGGAUUCCCAUGGGCAAAAUAUCCCGGAGAAAAACAUCUCCCAGGCCACAAUUAUACAGGUCCAGGCACGAGAUUAGAUCUGCGUUUAGACGAAAAUGAUAUUCCCAAACCAGGGGAAGAACCCGUUAAUAGAGUUGACGCAGCAGCGCUCAAACACGACAUACUGUACAGAAAUAAAGACGUAACAUUCAGACACCAAGCAGACAAACAAAUGAUAGACGAACUCGAAAAUAUUCCCAAUCCCACUUUCAAAGAGAAAUUACAAAGGGCUCUUAUCGUAAAACUCUUGAAGGCAAAAUUGAAAUUGGACGAUAAGAUUACGAAGGUAAAAAUAGACGUCCAACGUUUAAUAGACAACCCAAAUGUAAACGAGGAUAGAUUGAAACGAAAACUAACCGCUUUGGAAAGAAAACUUGGUGAAUUGCUAGCAGAACUAGACAAGACCGCGGACAAAACCGAGUUACAAAAUUCGAUAUCCAAUUUGAACGAAAAGAUCGCGAAGCAAAAAUCAGAUGUUCAAGAUAUAAUUAACACACUUCCCAUUGACAAAGAUACGUUGAAACAACAAUUGACUGCUUUGGAUACUAAAAUCACGGACGAAUUAGAAAAAGAAGUGGGUGUGAUUAAAAACUUUCUUCAAAAUAAAUUUCGAGAUGAUAUGAAAAUUUAUAUUAAAGAACAGGUCAAUCUUUUGGUAUCUAGAAUUCAUGACGAUCUUUUGAGACAAGAGAGAAAGUUGAGCAAAUUAGAAGCUAUUGUCACGGACAAAUCGUAUUAUUUCAAUCUUCCAUUCGAAAGUGACACUGUCUUCGAUAGAAAAGACCAAAUUUAUAAAUCAAACAAAUACGGAUUCAAAGCAGAAAUAAAAGUGGGUUCUCUCGCAUACGGAGAACCUAAAAACCUAUUCGAUAUCGGCGAAACGGAAGUGUUUACUUUUCGAGAGAAUAUACGUUUGAUUGAUAAAAGAGUUCAGGAAAUUGAAACGAAAAAUGGUAAAUAUUUAGACACCUUUAAAAUGGAAGUAGAAAAUGAUAAGGAUAUCAUUGGAAUCAAAGAUUUAGAUAUGAUAUUGGAGACGGAAAAUCCACCAUCAACCAACAUUGUCAAAGUUCCACCAUCACUUAUAAUACCCGGACCAAUAGAAUCGGGCAGUCACGAGUUUUUACGAACAACAGACUUUGAAUACGUAAAACUGUAUUUUGUUUUAGGUGGAAAAUACACCUCGAUCGAUGUUCAUAAAAGUCAACAAGAAAGAGAGUUUAUAGUACAUUUAUCGUUUGCCGAAGGUUCCGACUCCAUCCUUGAAGGUGGUGGUUUUAUUUCUAGAGCCAAGAUAAACAUCGAAAAAGAAAAAAGAAAAUAUUCCUAUCAUCUUAACGAGGACCAUACGAAAAAAAAAAUGCCGUUAGUACGCGUAAAUGUUUUUACUUUUAAUACCCGCAAAUAUAAUAAUGCUAGGCCAAACAAGCACGCUCUAUAUGAUAUUCCGUGGUUCCAUUUGUCGGAAAUUCACUUAAUUUAA